AUGAACCCUCCUGCUCAAGUAACAUUAACGGAUCUCGAGCCUUCUCCGCUCGGGACAAAGCAUUACUGGGAUGAUUUAUAUUCAAAAGAAAUCAAGAAUUUUGAGCAAAAUUGUGGAGACGAGGGUACAAUUUGGUUUGAUGAUUCUGCAGCGGAAGAGAAAGUUCUCGAAUUCAUCGAGGAUUUUGUUAUAGACUCCCAUGCCCUAGGAACGAACAUAAAUCGCGACAACUGCAGUUUUCUUGAUCUAGGUACUGGAAACGGCCAUUUAUUGUUUAGUUUGAGGGCAGGUGAUGAUAGAUUUGAAGGCUGGUGCGGACGAAUGCUUGGAGUAGACUACUCGGAAAAGAGUAUCGAGUUUGCAAAACGUAUAGCACAAGGUAGGAAUUUGAGGGAUGUAGAAUUUUGCCGAUGGGAUGUCAUGCAGGAUAAAGCAGAUGGAGUCGUGCUGGACGAAAUUAGUGCUGAGGGCUGGGACGUGGUACUUGACAAGGGAACAUUUGAUGCUAUCAGCCUCUCAGCCGACCAAUGUUCACCGGGCCAGCGAAACUAUAAAUACUAUCGGACGCAAGUGCUACCUCUGAUUCGCAAAGGGGGAGUUCUCCUCAUUACUAGUUGUAAUUGGACCGAAGAUGAGCUGAAGUUGCUUCUCGAUGGACCUGGACUCGCAAUGGUUUCAACAAUUAAGUACGACAAUUUCAGCUUUGGAGGAAAAAAAGGUCAGACUGUUAGUAGUGUUUGUUUCCGCAAAACUAGCAGUCCUUGA